UCUGAAGAAACACCGAUGGAUGUCUCUGGCACUGUUUCUGAAGCACUCAAGUCAGCUUUGCCCUCACCUGCUCGUCCAGUCUCGUUGUCAGUCUGCCAAGAGAAUUUGUGUCAUAAUGGAGGGACAUGCCAUCCUAUCAAUCUUCCUGAUGGCGUCAACUCGUUUCAAUGUGACUGCCCUCUGCAUUUUACUGGACGCUUCUGUGAAAAAGAUACAACCCUGUUUUUCCCGUCGUUUGCCAUGAAUUCAUAUUUGGAACUGCCUUCUCUAACAUCUCUGUCUAAGGAUAGACAUGCAUCAGGACCACGGUGGAACCGAAUGAUGAUCCACUUGACAGUGAAGACUACUGCUUUGAAUGGCACUCUCCUUUACACCGGUGAUGAGCAUGCGGGAGGACAUUUUCUUCACCUUUACCUUGAUGAUGGCAGACCAACAGCUCAGCUUGGCUGUAGCACUUCACGGGACAUUCUGACGGCAACUGUCAAUCACUCCAUUAGCAGAGAUGCCCUUGUGCCGAUCACAGUCAGGCUUCCAGUUCAGCUUUCUCAACCACCUCUUAAAUCUGUAGGAAAGCUUAUAUCUGGCGCUGUGUUGCUUUGUGUGAAUAUUAUGGUGGUGUCCCAGAUAGCUGUAUUGGAGCAGACGUUUGGAGCGCUAGACUUUGAUUAA